AUGCGGGGCGAACCCUGGAACCUGAGCGAACCCAACAGCACCCAGCUGUUGUGCGGCGGCCCCAACGGCAGCCUGGAGGCAAGUGGAGGCAGCCUGUGCUCUGCCCACGGGGUCAGCCCUUCCAUGGUCACGGCCAUCGUCAUCAUGGUUCUCUACUCCGUCGUGUGCGUGGUGGGACUCUUCGGCAACUUCUUGGUCAUGUAUGUCAUCAUCCGAUAUACCAAAAUGAAGACUGCUACCAACAUCUAUAUUUUCAACCUUGCCCUGGCAGAUGCCUUGGCAACAAGUACGCUGCCAUUCCAAAGUGUGAAUUACCUCCUGGGAACAUGGCCGUUUGGUACCGCCAUUUGUAAGAUUGUUAUCUCCAUAGAUUACUACAACAUGUUCACAAGUAUUUUCACUCUCUGCACGAUGAGUGUGGAUCGCUACAUAGCAGUUUGCCACCCAGUCAAGGCUCUGGAUUUCCGCACCCCCAGAAAUGCCAAAAUUGUCAACGUCUGUAACUGGAUUGUUUCUUCAGCCAUCGGCAUCCCAGUUAUGGUGAUGGCAACCACCAAAGAGAGCAAUGGAUCUGUUGAUUGCACACUUAUAUUCUCUCACCCAGCAUGGUACUGGGAGAACUUGCUGAAAAUCUGUGUUUUCAUCUUUGCCUUCAUCAUGCCUGUCCUAAUUAUCACGGUAUGCUAUGGGCUCAUGAUUUUACGCCUGAAGAGUGUCCGAAUGCUCUCUGGCUCCAAGGAGAAGGACAGGAAUCUUAGAAGGAUCACCAGGAUGGUCCUCGUGGUUGUGGCUGUCUUCAUCGUCUGCUGGACCCCCAUCCAUAUUUACGUUAUCAUUAAAGCCUUGAUCCAUAUCCCAGAAACUACUUUCCAGACCGUCUCCUGGCACUUCUGUAUUGCUUUAGGGUACACAAACAGCUGCCUUAAUCCCGUCCUUUAUGCCUUUCUAGAUGAGAACUUCAAAAGGUGUUUCAGAGAGUUCUGCAUCCCAACAGCUUCAACCAUGGAGCAACAAAACUCCACCCACGUCCGACAAAACACUCGCGAGCAUGCCUCCACCGCCAACACGGUGGAUAGGACUAACCAGCAGGUAUGACUAGCAGUGGAGAUGUCAUCUCUGGAUUCGGGAAUCCCUCCUGGAGAUGACAUGAAUUCUGAAAUUACAGUCUUUACUGAUGUGUAGCUUCUGGAAGAUGUGCCGCUCUUUUUGAUUUAUCUUCCCUAGCUGGGGAGUCAUGGAAUGAUGAAUCCAGACAUCAUCAGUCCCAAUUGGGUUUUGGGAAACUAGAGAGCUCCCAGAUGUACCUUGUAUGGCCAGGCCCUGGUCUGUGUAUCAUUGUGAUAUUUAUUCCAUAGCUGAGAAAGGAGGAGAUGCUUUCAUAGUUUUUGAAGCAACAGAAUGUUUGCUAUUGCUUAACAUUCUAGAACUGUAUAUAUUUUAAGAACUGCCUUGUACCCAGUCAGAAUCAAUAUAACUAAGGUCUAUCAGCCCUUCUAGCACCUGGCCUUACUGCCAGCCCACAGGGCCCUUGAUAGUCCUCCUUCUUUAGACUUCUGACUGGCAAGCAAUAGACUUUCAGUCAAUGCUUUUAGACAUGUCUGCAUCACCAUGAUUCAUACUACAUGAGCAGACCCUGAUGAUCCAUUUUCCCACCAUGGCUUUAGUGAACAAGUAACCCAUAGAAUUAUUUGGUUGUGAUCUCACCUUGAAAUAGCUAUCUAUUUUGCAAUGGGUCAUAUGGAAAUUCACAAUGGGGAGGUGCUUUUGUGAGCAAGCUCAGUUGGGCUGAACUCACAACAAGCCCCCGAUCUUCUGUUGAGUAUUCACAAGUUAUUCAGUAGAGGUAUUCCCGGUGUUCAUUCCAGGGGCAUGUGUGUGUGUGUGUUGGGGAAGGGUGUUCUUGGGAAAGAUGCCCUCUGUUGUGCUCCUUGGGCACAAUCCACACAAAUGUUCAGAGGGAAAGAAAAGGCACUUGAAGGAUGUUCUUUCUUCUCUUUGCUCCUGCCACUGCUCAUAAGCUUAGAGGGGACAAGUGAAGAGGGAGCAACACCAUGGAGAGGGAGCAGCAGGUCCAGGAUAGAGGACUAGUGUCCAGCAUCUGUCGGUGCCCAACAGUACUUGCCCCAAUAUCCCAGCCCUGUGAACUACCCAAAGUAUAGGUUUGUUUCACCUUCAUUUUGUAAAGAGUAACUGCCAGGGUUGAUGACCACCACAGCUAUCAACCACUCAUGUGAUACACAGAUCCCCCUACUUUCAGAAUUGUUCAAACAGCCCUUUCUCCAAGUCUGGCCCAUAUGUCUUCUUUAUCCUCCAUGGUGACUCUCUUCCUCUUCUUAGUAAUUCCUCCCCUCCCCUCCACCACAGACCACAUUUCUGGGGCUCCAUGACAGAUUUUCAUUGUGCAUGCAUGGUGGGCAUUUGCAAUGGUGGUGGAGAAAUCAUUGCAGAAAUAAGGGACAGCUGAUCAGACAGUUAACCAGGUUGCUGUUGGUGAAGAGCAGCAGGAGAAGGGAAUAGAUGCUCCUUUUGCAAGCUGGUUUGGGUCCCCAGAUCUAAAGGUGUCAAGUCUGUCCGACCAAGGCCUGCUCAGAAUUUACCUGAAGUGUAGUUACCAACUCUAAGUAGCAAGCAAAGAUAUCAAGAUCAUUUACAAGUCUUACUUCAUUAUCUUGAGAGGAGCAUUGUGGCUGAUCUGAAAUUUGAUGACUCGGAGGGUGGGAAAAGGCCUCACACUACUAAUAUUGGUAUGGAGAUAUGGUAAACUUACGGAGGCCUCCUAAAUGCCUUAAUGUUUCAACAGGAACUUUGAGUGCCCUUGUCUAACAGAAGUACUCUAAAAUUGGCACAUUAAAGGAAUUUAUGUGCCUGUUUCUAAGAAAAGACCCACUUAGGUGAAAAAUCUAGGAAUAUUUAUGAAGUCCUCCCACUUUGCCUGUGUGGUUUGUUGAACCUUGCCUUGAAAUGGCGACCUGUGGGGACUUGUCUAUAUUGUAAAAUUACAUUCUUAUCUAUAGCAUUCAUAACCACAGAGUUCAGGUGAGUAUGUGUGGUUCUCCCCUCCCCUGCUGCAAUUUAAUCCUCACCACAACAAGUGAGGUAGGUUUGGCUGGAUGGCAUGAUAGGGGACCAGUCCAAGGUGACUCCAUGAGUUUCAUGGCUGAACGAGGAAUUAAACUGAGUCCUCCCACUACUCUAAUUCAGCUCUCCAGCUUUCCAUUUCUCAUUGCAUUCUUCAUUUGAAGUAGUUCUGAGAUUCAGGUUCAAGGCCCGUGUCCUACUGCGGCAGUCCAAAAAUGCCACAUAUGCAUCCUUUCCAGUAUUUAUUUUAGCCGGGAGAUUUUGCCCAAGGUAUUUUAGUAUCUGAGGCAAGUGGUGGGAUGGUAACAACACCCAAUUCCAUGUACAGAAACUGACUGGUCUGACAGCCAAUUCUGAUUUCAAUACUGGCAAUGGGAUAGUGUCCUUCACUGCACCUGAGCGCAGCAGCUAGUUUCAGGUGUUUGGGAGAACACUGCAACUAUAAUUCUGAAAUGUGCAGGCUGCACCCCAUCAGAGGAGGUGAUAAUACCUGCAAAUUCUAUCCAAUUCUGGAACAAAAUGAAAAAGAUUUUCUUUUUCUUUUUUAAUGUCAAAUUUCAAAGGUACCCUGCAUGCAAACCCCCUGGAUAUAUCUGCCUACAAUUUGGCAGGUGUGAUCCAAUGGGGGGACAGGGCUGCUAUUCCUGCAAAUUUCAUCUAGUUCUGUGAAAAGAAAAGAAUCAUUAUUUUCAGAUUCCCCAUUAUAGUGAAAGUGGGGCCAGGGAAGCUUUAUUGUUAGCAGAUGGAAUUUGGUCCCAAUUAAUGAGUUGAAUUGGAAAGAUACAGAACAGCUCUGAAACAGACCGUACUGCUUCCUAAAGCUACAGAUGCAUGCUAAAUCUUGUGAAUGGCACACAUGCUCAUAGGACUGCAGCUCUUCAGAAUGCUCCAAGAUUUAAAAGGAACCCACUGUGUAGGGACAUUCUGGGAUCAUUUCCUUUCAGCUUGCUAUACCUCUUAUUUAUAUGACUCAUUUUCAAAACUGUUCCAUGGCCCUCUAGCAGGUGAAGGAGGAAAUGAGAACUACCUCGUAUUUUUGUUGAAUUUGUUUGUUUUCCCAGCAUUUCAACUUUAAAAAUAAAACCUUAAAAGUGAUGGGGGUGUUUUUACUUA